GUGAGUGCUUCACGCAACAAAGAAUAUUUAAUGAACAUGAAGCCCUACAGCAUUGCUCUGACUUUAAGCCUCAUUGUUGUCAUCAUUGAAGCUCGAGAGAGCCGGCUGCAUGAAACCUUAUGCUGUUCCAAUGACUACACCUCACAUAUAAGCUGCACCUGGUCUGAGCCUCGGGAGGGAAACGCCUUUGUCAAGAUGCACCUUUUUGAAAAACACAAUGAUUUAAACCUCACAAAGAUGAUCUGCAAUAGCAAAAAACUAGACUCCGAGAUACAUUGGCACUGUAGGAGGAAUGAAACCAGAUUCAAUUCUCUACUGAUUAAUUCAUUCAUUUUCAAACCUGAUCGGAAGUUGGAAAUACAACUGAAUGUUGACCUCUUCAAGAACAUUCAGCUUCUGCCACCUGAGAAAUUAAAUGUUACUGCCACAGAAGAAUGUAAUUUCCUACUGGAGUGGAAAGCAGGUGGAGGAACAAACAGAAAUCAGUUGUUGGAAGGUGUUCCCCUGGAUUUUGAAAUAAGCUAUAAAAGAACUUGGGAACUUUGGGAGGAAUCUUCCUCUGUAUUGGUCUCAAAUAAGUCUCAUUAUUGUCUCCGACACAGUAACGUUGUGCCUGGCAGCAGAUAUGUUGCCAGGGUUAGAAAUAAGCCAAGUCCAGGAAGUGGAUUUGCUGGCCGUUACAGUGACUGGAGUCCAGUGGUAACUUGGCAAACACCAGAAAGUACCGAUGAUGCUGUGCCCAAGAAUCUUCAAUGUUAUUUUAAUGGAAUUGAUCGACUCAAAUGCAGUUGGGAGGUGAGACAAGAAAUCAGCAAUUCUGUCUUGUUCACACUCUUUUACAAAGACAAACCUGGAUCAAAAGAGAUGGAGUGCUCUGAAGUCUAUCAAGAAGCUCUUAUAAGCAAUAAUGCCACUUAUCAUGUACUGCAAAGCUGUGAGAUCAAUGUCACUAACUCCAGCAAGCAAAGCCAAUAUCUUGUCCGUGUGAUACCAAAAGAAGAAGUGAAAGAGAUCAAGAUGUAUCUGAACAUCAAGCCAGACCCACCUUACAACCUGUCCAUGUCAGUAAUUGAUGGCCCUCAGUACAUCCUCCACUGGGACUCUAAAAUCAUCCAUACAGUGUUUGAUUUGCAAAAGACAUAUCAGAUCUCAUACUGGGAAACUGGAAAACCUUCAGAGGUAAGAUAUGUUGAUAACACCACAAACCAAAAAUUUACCUUCACUUCACAUUUCCUGGAACUAGGCAAAAAUUACAUAGCAAAGGUGCGAACAAUAGUAAGCGACCCUGACUACCAAGGUUAUUGGAGUGAAUGGAGUGAGGACUUUGGCUGGCAAACCACCAGUGGUUUCCCUCUCUGGGGUAUCUUGCUAAUAACAGUGGUCUGUAUCAUUCUGAUGAUGGGAGGAAUCUGCUUUUGCCAAAAAUAUCUUCUCAGCAAGAAAAAGAAAUGGGAAGCAAACAUUCCAAGUCCUCCGAAGACGUUUCUUCUCCCCAGUUUUUUUCCGGUAAGAAAAAUCUUCUUAAAACAGAAAGUGCAAUUGGCGAACCAUUCAGAAGAUAGCAGUGCUUUAGCAAAGGAAGAAAUCAACUAUUCCAGUAAACUGGAGAGGGAAUUACUGAUUGGCAGCCCAGCAGCUAUUGAAGAUGAGUUCAAGAAAACACCACAAUUGCUUUGGUCUCAGAAUAUGAAAAAGAUAGACCUUCUCAAUAAAGCCAAUGCAGUCCAGACAUGUACUAAUCCCAAUACACAAACAUUUGAUUUUAAUGGCCCAUACAUGUAUUCCUCUGCAGAAUCUUUUGCACAUACUGUUCAGCAGGAUUUGAAAGUUACUCCUUCAGAAGUGAAGGAAACACCAGUGUCUUUGCGAUGUAUAGGAUUACAGACGUCUUUGUCUCUUCAGCAACAGCCAGGAGGGGAAAAGGAAAAUACUUUGUCUGACUCUGAUGUACAUCAGCAGGUGGAAGAGAAGCUGCUGUUUCCUACAGGACAAGAAGCAUCUCAAAUCCAGGAGACAGGUGGACAGUUGAAGAAAGAGAAAACUACAGGAUGUCUUUCCAGCUCAAAUAGCCACUGUCAAAAUUUGCCACUAGAUUACAUUGCUACAGUAGAUCUCUCAAUAAGCAAAGAAAAGGGAUGUUUAUUGCCAUUACCUGUGUUGGUCUCAGAGGAAAGAAUGCUUCCUUGUGCUAACACAGCAACAGUUGCUGCACACAUGCCCAAAACUAAGGAAAAUCUCUCAAAUUCAGAGUUAUGUCAAAAGACAUUAAAACCAACCCCCCCAGUUAUGGAUCAAAGUAUCAGUGAUCUCUCAGCAAUAUCCCAGGAAGAAUCUAGUGACUAUCUUAUGAGUUUUUCUGCUGCCUCAGGUGCUGUACCAAAGGACGGAUUAGCUUUUGCCAUGGAGGAAUCUAAGCAGGACAUUCUUAUAUUCAAUGUUGGCGGCAGAAGCCCACUUUUCUUAUAUCAAGAGGGUGAAUACUGCUUCUUUCCUGGCUCCAAGACCAAAGAAGACAGUAAGGGUCAAGAAGCACCUGUGGGCCACCAGCCUCCAGAAAGCUUUCCAAAAGUCACCAAAUACCCUUUGGAGACAAAAUUUGCUGACAGUAAGUUACAGGUCAUCUCCCAGGUCUGCCAAGAUGUGUGA